AUGGAGGUUGAGGUGGUACCUGAGGGGAAGCUGCUGCAGCGCCAGGGCAGGCAGCCAGAGGCCUUCAUCGUGGUUAGGCAGGGCGUGGUCAGGGUGCAGGACCAGACCACCACGGCGCCCGACGGCUCAUCCGCGUCCAUCGAGGCCGGCCCCGGCACACUCUUCAACUUGUCCGAGCUGAUCCUCGGACUGGGGGCCUCCGCCACAGUCCGCACUGCAACGCCUGCGACGCUGUGGGUGGUGCCCGCUGAGGGGCUGAGGGACCUGGCGGCAAAAAGGCCAGACCUGCUGCUGGAGGUCGGCCUUCGCCUGAGUCAAGAGAUGACGGGGCGGGUCAACGCGAUGACGGCGGAGCGACAGGAGGAGGAGCGGCGGCAGCGCGCGCUGGCGCCGUACGUGGUCGCUGCGCCUAAGCGCGGCGUCAUCGGGCGCAGCAAGUACGCUGAGCGGCUCCGCAAGCAGAUUGUCGUUGCAUCGCGCGACCCCACGCGGCGCGCCGUCCUGGUGUUUGGAGAGCCUGGCCUGCAAAAGGAGACGUUCGCAUCCCUCAUCCACUUUGGCAGCAAGGCGCGCACGGGGCCGCUGGUACAGAUCGACUGUGCCAGCAAGCAAGGGGAGUCGCUGUUGGCGGAGCUGUUCGGGCGCGGCAGCAAGGAGGGGCUGCUGUACUGGGUCGGGGAUGGCGCUGUCAUGCUCAAGAACAUACACAAGGCUGCCCCCAGCAUCCUGUUUCAGAUCAGCCUGCUGCUGCAGGAGGGCACCUACCAGCCGCUGCCCUCCAACUGGGUCGGAAACAAGUUCAGCAGCCUGGACCUGCCGCGGCCGCCGCAGAAGAACACCGCGCGCAUCCUGCUGACCGCGUCGCAGCGAGUGCCGGCGCUGGACCAGCUGGUGACGACCAUUGCGGUGCCGCCCCUGCGCGUUCGGCCGGCGGACAUCCUGGACCUUCAGCGGUGGGUGUGGAUGCGAAUAUGUGUGUGUGCGUACGCGUUCCCAGGAAAUACGGAAGAGCUGUUUGGCCUCGUGGCCCGCGCAGCCACCCAGUCCAUCGCCGGCGACGCCAGCACUGCCGGCGCCAAGCCCGCUGGCGGCGACGUCGCCGGCAAGGCGGGCGCUGGCACGGGGUCGGUGUCGGCACAGCCGGGGCCGAUCCAGUUGGACAAGGACGUCUUUUGGGUAGCGGCCAAGAGCGCCGACAGGUUCAAGGUCAAUCUGCUGAGCUCGCUGCCCCUGGCGCGCGGCUUCCUGCGGGGCGACUUCUUCCCAGAGGGCCUGAACCACGGCUUCACCAAAUACGCGUUCGCGGUGAUCGUGAUCGCGCUGUUUGUGGGCCCCCAGGACCGCGAGCACAACGUCUUCCUCAACUUCUUCUGGGACUGGUGGUGCGCGGCAAGGUGGCCGGGCGUGUUCCUGGUGUACCCCUUUUUCGGGCGCGUGUGGUGCGCCGUCUGCCCCUUCAUGAUCUACGGCGAGAUCGUGCAGCGCUGGCGCGAGUCCCAGGGGGCGCAGCUGCUGAAGUGGCCGCGCGACGAGAUGGAGAAGUGGGGCGGGUGGUUCCUGUGGGGCCUUUUUGCCGCCAUCCUGAUCUGGUGA